UUCAGGAAUUAAAAAAUAAUAAACAAAAGAACAUUUUUUUAUACUCGCCCGGAAUGUCUAUUACAUUAGUAUUGUUGCCCUUUAUUUUUAUCAGUGACCACUGCAUUAUCAGUCCCAGUUAUUAGUACGUUAGAUUUUGGAUCGUUUGCUUAGUUCUUGCUGAUUAUUCAAUCUCACUCGUAAAUUACGUCGCCUCCACACAUAGAGUACACGCUAAUUCCAUCUUUAGGUUAUGUUCUGAGAAAUUUUUAUCAAUUAAUUAAUUCGAUCUUUUUAUCCUUUAGGACACGAUCCUUGUUCCGCUAAGGUGUUUUCGGUGUUUUAUUAGUUUUAUUCCAAGCACUGUUGUUUCAAAAAAAAUACUCAUCCUUUAUAAUGACGCUAAAAACAUGGCAGCAGUAACUGAAGCAGACCAUUCAGUGAAACAAACGGUUUCGAUCGAGAGGAAACAUGAGAGCAUCUCCAAAAAAAAUAGCGCACCAGAAAUUGAAAAUACCAAUCAUUUAAUUGAUGCACUCAAAGAGGGGCCGAGGAAAGGACUUGUCCAGUUGAAAAACUCCUUUCGAACUCUCUCAUCAACUCCAAGACGUCCUAUCGAAAAAGACAAAAAUGAGCCUUCCAGAUUCUUGGGAGAAGGGGUGAGCUACAAGGCAAAGCUCAUAGGAAUUCUAGAGGUUGGAGAGGCGAGGGGGGAUAGAAUGUGUCAAGAGGCUCUCGCUGAUCUAAAAAUGGCCAUUCGUGCAGCCGGAGAACACAAGCAGAGAAUUACAAUUAAUAUAGCAAUAGAUGGACUUCGUUUGAGGGAUGAAAAAAAUGGAGAAUGCCUCUAUCAUCAUCCAGUCCAUAAAAUCUCUUUCAUUGCACAAGAUAUCACAGACUCAAGAGCUUUUGGAUACAUCUUUGGGUCCCCUGAUACUGGUCACAGAUUCUUUGGAAUCAAAACAGACAAAGCGGCCAGUCAGGUUGUUAUCACUAUGAGAGAUUUAUUUCAAGUUGUUUUUGAAUUAAAGAAGAAAGAAGUUGAAAUGGCAAAGCAGCACUUGGAGCAGCACCAAAUCAAAUUAGUUUCGUACCCAUUAUUGGAUUCUUCCAGUGGUAGUAAGAGCUCAAGUACGGAUGUCAGCCGAAUGAAAACCAUUCGAGAGAGCGACUCAAGCAAAAAGAGUGAACCAAUAGCAAGCAAUAGUAAGUCAAUUGCAACAUCUGAUGCCAUUGCAGACUUGCUUGAUCUAGAAAUAGAACUGAGCAGUAUCCAGCAAGGAAUCAGUCAGAUGGAGAAACUGACGCCUUCUGACCCAUUCGGGCCUUCUGCUGCAGGACGAGAAGAUCCCUUCGGAGAUUCAUUUUCUCCACCUCCCGUCACUUCACCGCAACCAAACAAACUUCCCCCACCUCCAUCAAAAUUAGACAAAUCAGAUUCAAUCAGGUCGUCCGACUCCUCUCACAAAUCGUCCAUCUCUAAAAUGCAGCCUGACAAACACUGGUUUGACAAAGAAACUGAAGAUAUUUUUGAAUCAACGGACUUUCCCAGCACCACUUCUAACAACUCCAGUACAGCUCCAACCAGCACCGCCUCUGCUCCCAUAGCAAAAGAAGAAUCUUUGGAUGAGCCUGUCAGUGUCAGCAGAAGCCCUCCAAAAAGCAGCAGGCUGAUAGAUGUCUUCACUGAACUAGAUCCUCUAGGCACUGGAAGGAGUAAACCGUACGUAGACAAAAAAGACUUUUUCCAAGACUUAAAAAAUCCCCCCAAGAAAGUUCUCAAAGACCUAGUACCAGAGCUUUCUGCCGAUUUAAUAAAGCAAUUUGAGAAAAAUUCAGAUGCUCCUCUCUCUGCCACAAUUAGUGAAAAUAAAGGGCCGGCCUCAAAUACACCCUCAAGCAAAGGUAGUACCUCUAAUUUUCAGGGCAAUGUGUUCUUUGAAGAUCCAUUUAACAAAUCUGAUCCAUUUGAAGAUAGUUUUUCAAAAUCAUCUGGCUUUGCUUCGUUUUCAUCAGAAACAUGCGAUCCAUUUGAUAAUUUUGCUGAUUUCUCAUCAUUCAAUGACACCCCAGACUCAGUUCCACAGAAACCAAAUCAAUCAUUCUACAGCAAUGAAUCUCAGACUGGUCCUCUUAGAGUUACCUUACCUCCGGAAAAACAAUCUAGUGAAUCUCAAAGCAGCGUUCGGAGUCGCCAGUCUAGUUUGAGCAGGCAACCGUACUCUGGUGGCUUAGUCAAAAUUCCCAGUCCGAAACAAAAACCUAGAUCCCGUCUAUCAAAGCAGGUUACAGUUGAAUCAACGGUGGACAGAACCAAAACCGAGAAAUUAGGAGAAGUAUCAAAGAACCGAAGCCUAGGCACACCGUCUCCCACUAGUUUUACUGCUCAAGCUGAAGAAAUUGAUGAGAAAAGUAAUGAAACUGCACCCGAACCACCACCUAGACCAACAGCAAAUCUUACAUUCAUAAAACCUCCACCUUUGCCUCCGAAAAAGCAGCAGAACAUGUCUAUAAUGAAACCACCACCACGGCCUCCAUACAGUGAUUUAUCUCAUUAUGAUUAUAUUGAAAAUUAUGGAACUUCUAUAGCUCCUCAACCAACUGCAGAUGAGAAAAGUCCUCCUGUACCUGUACCCGCUCGGCGUCCACGGUUCGGGGCUCCGACUAAUAAUGCUCCUGAGAGGCCAAAAAAGCAACAAAGUGGCAACGUAGAUUCAGAUUAUUAUUUAACACCAUUUCAUCUCUUGCCUCCUCCGCUGAAGAAACCUGCAAAAACGAAUACUACCUCUUCAGCGCCAAAAUCAUUAGAUAUCACUUUGAGUCAGUUAACAACCACAGGGUUCAGUGAAUUGGCUGAGUGGCUGAACAUGUCUCCAGUUGCUUUGUCCAAAAUGACAAUGCAAGAAUUAUUUACUCUUUUAUCGAGCAUGAAUCAAAGCCAGUCAAACGAUGUUGUGAAUGGCUCUACCGUAAAUGUUGAUGCCAAAUCAAAUACAACUAUGCACAGAGAAAAGAAGACUUCGGCUUCGGAAAGCCAAACAAAAACCAACGUGUCUACAUCCGCAGGGAUAAAUUCAACCCCACAGCCCCCUCCAUUCGUUGCUGAUUUUGAUAGUAAAUUCAACAAUAUUUCAAAACCAGAAGAUCCUUUUCAAGAUGAUACCCUCUUUGACAAAUAUGCUGUGUUUAGAGAAUUACUAGAACAAGAAAAAACCAAGCAAGAGGUCAACAAUGUUGAUAAGAAGGUAGAUAUCCAAUCUGAGAGUCCUAUCCCUGAGAAAAGCAGCGCACCGCCAAAAAGUGAUGUAACGACAUUCAAAGCUAAAAUUAGUGAACCACAGUCGGAAGAUAGGUACGCAGCUCUGAGAGAUAUUUUUCUGGAGGAAGCUGAAGACAGGCAGGAGUGUAGUGAUAAAGAUGAAAGUCUAUCCGAUCAAAAUAAUGGUCAAGGUGAGGAGCACAUGGAUUUGCUAACUCUUUCAAGACAACAGAGUGAAAGUACUGAAUCACCUAGUGCUACAAUCCGAGAACCUCAAUCUAUCAUGGAAACAACCAUAAUGGAGGAAGAUAUAAUUGACGAUGAAAAUGAUGAUGUCGACGAAGAAGAAGAAGCAAUAUUAGAGCGAAAAGUUGAGUUAAAAGAACCGCUUGACAAACCGAUGAAGCCAAUAUUGUCACCAUCAAACUUAAAAUCAACAAAAAGUGACAAAUCCAUCUCAUUUUCUGAUGACAACUUCAGAAAGUCAUUGGAAGAUUUGAAAAUAAACAAGGAGGAUAACAUUUUCGAAAAGGCAUGGGAGAAAUUCAACUCAAAAGAGCCAGAAUUCAAUGAUUCCGGCUCUGUAAACAAGAGCACGUCUCCAUGGUCUGUUGAUACUGAUGAUGGUAGUAAACGGUCACAAAGUCCAUCGUGGAAAGGAGAUGUGAGUUCCAAACAUUGGAAGAACAAAAGACACAAAACUCCAAAAAAUUGGCAGGAAGAUGAUGAAUCAGAUGUUGUUGAUAGAGGAAGCAGUUCACGUGAGGAGUCACCAUGGCGGGAAAAUGGAUGGAGUAAUGGGGAUGAAACUCCAUCAUAUCAUCAAGACAGAUAUCCUAGAAAAGAUAAGAGAAGACGAAAUUAUCCACGGAGAAUGCCCUCUAAAGAACCGUGGGAUGAUACCAGAGAGUACCCAGAAGAAAUUUAUCAAUCCAGACCCAAGUAUCGCAGCUCCUCUCGGGAAGAUGAUCGUAGGAAAGCAGAGUAUGAAUACUGGAAAAAGCGGAGUUCUCCAUGGAGCUCCAAGUCGGACAAACGAAGUAGCAGAGAAUCCUUGAAUCACGACGAUGACCGAUAUCCGAAGAAAAGUUUUGGUGAUAGGAGGAGGAAGAGGUGGGAAGAACACAACUAUCCAAGAAGUGAUCGAAAAGGUCAUUACUACAGAGAAAGAGAUAGAGAUAGAGAUAGGUCACAAGAGUCUUUAUGGGAUGAUGAGUUUAGUGAACCUGGAGAUGAUGAAUUGCCACGAAGCUCAGGUCGUAAACCAAAUUGGAGGUCAGGGAGACAUUACUAUCCAGAACCAGAUGAAGAUUAUGUUCGGAGACCAAGAAAGCCUUAUAGCCAUGAUGAACAAAGUGAAUCAGAAUCGGAAUUCUCACAGCAGAGUAGAAAGUUUCAAACUUUGCAACUAAAAAGGGUGAGUAAGAGUCGAAGACGCAAUCAAAAUUCACCUUUUGAGGACGAAUUUAGCCCCCAGUCAUUUUCGUAUCCAGCUUCAUGUAGGAGUCCAAACAUUGGCUCGGACCAGUCAGAAAACAAACUGUCGCCCAGGCAAGAUUUCAAUUCUACAUCAAGUGAAAUGAGUGCUUUUAAAUGGAAGGAAGAUCGACUCUCUGUGCCGUAUCACAAGGCAGACAAAUUAUCGGAUGAGUCAGAGGAGCUGAACCAAGGAAAAUUACAAAGACACCCAAGUCAACGGCAAUCACCCUUUGAAGACAAUUUCACGCCUCCUGACACCCGAAGGUGCAGUGGGAGAAGUGUCUCGAGUGAUGUGAGUCGUGAUGAAGAUUUGAAAAAUGGAGAUGAUGUCUUUUUGUCGGCUGGUGAAGCUAGCGUUCAGGCCAACAGCUCAAAAAGUAAAUUUAGUGAUCCGAAGCGUGCCUGUGAGAAAACAGAGAAAAUAGGGAGCAAACUCCGUGAAAGCUCUGAAAUUCAGUCAGAGGAUUUGCGGAAAAAACGAUUGGGUAGGCAAAGUAGCAUCGAGUUAAAAUCUCGAAUCUCUCAACUUCGGAAUCAAAAUGAAUCAAUGUCUAGUCUUAAAAAAUCCGAUUCGAUCAAUAUUUUUGCUCGUAGUAAUGAUCCCUUUGAUGAUGAUGAUUUUUUCAAUGCUGAGAAAGCGCAUGCAACCAUUCAUGAAGAAGAGCCAAUAGACAAAGCUGAAGGAGACAAAAGUGCAGUCUCCUUUAAAUGGACACAGGAUUUUAAUUCUUUCAAUUUCUCUGAUGAGAAUAAGUAGGUAAAUGUUUAAGUGCUUCCCUGUAACAGCCAGCAAGGCUUAGAAAUGUGACUCAACAUUAAUGAGUCUCUGUUGUCUCUUUUACACAUCUCCAAUUUCUAAAAUUUAAGUAUGAGACAAUAACUAUUGAAAAAUCCAGCAAAUAAUUAAUUUCAAACCACUUUAACCCAAGAAAGGCUCCGUGUCGCUUCUCCGAAUCGUUCUUACCUUUUCAAUUGCACAAAAAUUUUAGGUGAUUAGAGUGCCAAGUCUGCAGUAAAAUGUGUCUGCUGUCGAGUCCCUGUAUCAUUUAAAUUGAUGGCCAGUCUUUUAAAUAAUGAAAGUCUUGACUUGUAAUCUUCAUCAGACGCUAGGCAUUUUCUUUCACAUCAUUAUUUGAGCCCCGAUUGGUUAAAAAUUGCACCAAUUGGUGAGUAUCAUUUUUAGGCUGAGAUUUAUGUGAUAACUACAAAUAUCCUGGUUUAUAAAAACUGUAGCCUAGUUGAGUUUUUUUUUGUAACUAUCAGAAAGUCUGAAGAUAGUGUUGCAGUAAAAAUGAACAUUUCUCCGAACACAAGCAAGAGAAAUCCUGCGUCAAUGAUUUAUUGUCUCGUCGAUUUUUUCUAAUUUUUCUAUCCAGAUCUUAAUUAUUGCUGUGACGUAAUCUCAGCUCUGUGGACUAUGGUUCACAUGUAUGAAAGAGAUGACUCUUACCUUGCUUUCUCCAUAAAUUAGAAUUAUCAUGAGUGUCUUUACCCAUUUUUUAAAAAGAUCUGUUAAUUUUUUUUUAAAGUUUGACAUUUCUUAUGGUUUUAUUUCAAAGAAAAGAUCAAGCGUGUCUCACAGGUUCAUCUCUAAAAAUCACCUGCUAUUUUUGCCUCUCUAAUUAUUAGUAGUCUAUUUUUUGUCUGUAACAAUCUGACUAUUGUUUAUUAUUUAACAUUCAUACUCUGACCAAGUGUAUAUUUUGCACUCAUGCAAUACAGUUUUCCGGUACUCAUUUAGCUUUACCAAGGCAUUUAGUUGUAGAGUUUUUCCUUGUUGUCAGUUUUUACUAUUUUAAUUCUUCACGAACUAGUCGCUACACAGCCCCACUCAUUUACUUUUGUGCUUAUAUUUAUUUUAAUGUAUUUGUUCCAUAACUUGCUUUUUGUACAUUAUGAUCAUUUGCUUUUGAUCUUUUUACCGUUUUUUAUUAUGGAUGAAAGAUCUGUGGAAGGUCAUGUUGAUUUAGGAAAUAGAAUUCCAACUAUGCUUCUCUCUUUUAAACAAUUUUUACUUUUACACUGAAUUAAUGUUUAAAAUGUGCAAAGUCAAUUUUUAAAGUUCCAUUUUUCAAAUCCCCUUUUACCUCUCUUUUUUAUAGACUAAUUGAUUUUUUUUUAUCAGAAGGCAUUUUUGUAGAAGCUCAAAUUCAAGAAAUUUAAAUAAAGCAAACCAAGAGAAUGAAACUUUAAAGUAGUCGAAAUACCCUUUUUUGCCUUUUGUUGUGAAGCCAGUUGGGUAUUCUGUCACCAUUUUCCAUUUCUCUCUUUUUUAGAAUUUUUGAAGCAUAUAGUUGCAAACAAUUAAAAAAUGACUGUAAAAAAUUUCUAUGAACGCUUAGAAAAUUGAUGAAAUUAAGUAAAAAAGUUUUGCUCUCUUGGAAAAUUUUUUUUUUAACAAUUUAUGGAGGAUUCAAUCCAGCCCCCUAAAUUUGGAGUCAAUUGUAUUCUGAUGGAACCGAUUUUGCAUGGUUUGUAUGAGAAUUAAAGUAAGCCUUAAAAAAUGAUCCUCAGGACAUCACAUCCUUUGGAGCAUUCCACAAGAUUUCUAAAAAUUUGUAGGAGGCAGAUGUGUCUACCUUUCUGUCAUAUAGACGCAUUUUUAUUCAUGUUUCAUUUGAGAUCAUUUUAUUUUUUCAUCCUUUUGUGGUGAAGAGUCGGUUCAAUUUAAUUUUUUUUUUUCAUCUUGAGCCCUUCCUUCGUUUCUUUUUCCGCAACUAAUUACUCGUUCACUUGCUCUUUAUUCUGAGCCCCUCUCCCUCCCCCUGGUUUUUUUCAGUCCCACAUAAAAAUUCAAAAGGUACUCUGUUUACUGAAGAGUGUUUUUGUGACCAUAUAAUCGAAAUCCUUGAUUAAGUUAUUUCUGUUACUUUCAUGGGAUUUGUGCACUGUCAAAUGUAGGUACUAUAGCUUUUUCAGUUUAAAUCCUUUCAAACUAUUUUGUAAAAUGUACUCAGUUGGUGUUUUCUGAUGGAAGUGGACCAUUUUUUAUGAUGAACUCCCUUUAAUGUUUUGAUGAUUUGCUCUAUGAGAUUUUCUGACGUAUACCUAAAUAUGUAGUACAGAAAUCAUGAAUAAAAGUGUAAAUUUUCCUAUAGAACAUUGAUAAAAUUUUAUUAAUGUUCUGCAAUUAUAAAGAAUGGCUUGCUUGAAUGUGAUAAGGUAAUUUGGUGUAUUUCCUUGUUAUUUUGGAGAUAUGGUUCUUUCUCAACAAUUGACUCCUGUUUAAUUACCAAAAGACUUCCAUAAAAAGGGUAUGUAGAUUCCUACAAUAUCUUAAAAAGUCUUACCUAUUAGAGAACCGCGUAUGAACCGCAAAAACUUACUUUGAUUUUAUCAAGCGUGAAGGCACACAGUACCAAUGUAAAGUGUAUAUGCUGAAGAUUGAUUCAGAAUAAGGCGAACAGCUGAGUAUGCGGUACACCUGAUAGGCAGCGCUUAGUUUCUGCGACUGAUAAUUUGUUUUUUGUGUUUCGGUCCCUCUCCUGUUUUACCCUUGCUAUAAAUUUUUUCUUGUCAAAUUUAAGAUUGUUGUAGAAAAUGUACAGUAUUUUUAUGUGUACAUGAAAAAUAACUGUUGAAAUGUCAUAAAUUAUUUAUUAUUUAUUAAUUUAACUUAUAAGGGAAUUUUUCUAUUUUCUCUCUCUCUUUCUGUGUUAAUUCAAUAUUUUUUAUUUAUUUAUUUAUUAUUUUUUUUAUUUUAUUUUUUGAAUUCACCACUCUUAGUAGGUACAAGCAUGCCUAAGUCUGAAAUAGCAUCAGAUCGCUGAUUAAAACAGAAGAUAUUGCCUUUUUAAAAUUUAAGCUGAAAUUAAGUUAAGCGCGUAAGAUAUUCUCUUGCAAAUGAACAACAAAUUAUAUUUAGCAAGUUACUUUUAAUAGCGGUGAUGAGCUAUUACUAAUUUAAAUAAUUUUGAUUGAAUGGUAUAAUUAGGCUAAAAUUUAAAUUCCACAAGGCUUGCCAUAAUUAGCAGAAGUGAUUGUUGUUUCUUUGUGCUUCCUUUCUUUGUAAGGUCAAUACAUAAGAGAACCAUGAAAAAAAGAAAUAUAUAAUUUCCUUACUCCAACUUUUAUGAGAUGUUGCUUUUUACAUUUGACAUGUAUGUAUUAAGCAACCAGACUUUUAUUUUGAAUACAAUAUUGUGUCAAAAGUCUGAAAACCUCCUCAGGAGAAAGAAUAAAACACCUAGUAACUUGUGAGACUAUUUUUUUCUGGUUUAUUAGUUUGCCGAACAGUUUUGCAAGUUGGAAUAUCAUCAGUCUGAUAUCUCUCUAAUUCUUACUAUUUUUUUCAAACAAUGCUUUGGUUACUUUGAUUUCUCCAUAAUCGUAAGUAAACAGAUAAAGGAGAGAGGGAAAAUACAAAAACGUUAAUGAUUGUUAAAACCCUUGAACUUUGUUGUUGUUAGAAAUAUUGAUUUGUGACUUUCACCUCGGGGGCCCUCUCAUUCUGUAGGAUUGCCCUCAAGUGGAAUUAAAUGGUUACGCUAGCGUAGACACCACCUUUCCUUUUAGCAAAUGUUUGUAAAUUGUAAAUAUAAUUUUGUAAAUUAAUAAUUUUAAAAGAUUAAUUGCAUAUCAUAAUGCCUCUUUUUUACUUGUUUUAAGUACUGCAUCAUAGCGCCUCUGUUUGUUGAUCAGCUAGUGUGCGCUAUUGUUGAAAUUUUUAAGUUUCUUUUACGACAAAUUUAAUUGGUAAACAUUUUUCUGUUUUGCAGAAUUCUGUAGUUCCUAUUUUAAUUCCAACUUAAUAAAAAUCAGGAAAUAACUAGUGAAAAAAUACUCAUACCUGCUUUACUGAAUGAAUUGUUGGUAAAUUAAUUAAGAAUACUUAAAUUGUAUAAUUCAAGACUGAUUUAAUUUUUGGAAAGUUUGAUCCAAGAUCACAAUAAGUUGAAAUUAUGUUGAAAAAUAAAAACAAUUUUUUCUGCAAGGCUUAGAAAUGCACAGCUUUUGCACCUUCUUCUGUUCCUUUACUGUAAUUAACCAAGUGUCACUUGGAUUGAUGAUAAGUGCUGCUAAUCAAUUAUUGUGACCUGUGUGUUGUAAUACUUUUAAAAGCCUAACAUCCUUUUUUUACUGUCAUUUUAGGAGGAGAAAUUUAAGAAUCUUUUACUUUGUAUAAUGUAUAAUAAUAAAUGUAUGUAAGAAGUAAAAGUUUAGCAUCAGCCCUCAGAUUCUGCGCUCACUUGAAUUUUUUUUCUUCUACAAUUUUAAGCCAGUUUAUCUUUCUUCUUACUUAAUCAAUGCUCAUAAAGCCUGAAGGUUUUUGCUUUGUUGUAGGCGUAUUAAAGUGUGCAGCUAUUUAACAAUAUCACUUAUACCACAUUAUUUCAAACUGGGUAUUGAGCCACAUCCUUAAGAUCCAGGCUCUCAUUUUUAGACACCAACGUCAAGCUCCAGGCCUAAACGGAAAUAAGAAAGGUGGAGCACUGUUGGCUCCAUAACUCGCGAAUCACUCUUACUAGGGAAAAUUCGAAUAUUUUACAAUUUUUGACAGUACAACCAAAAUUGAUAAGGAACCUGUCUGACGCCCUGAUCAGUUCGUCGGUUAGAUAGGUUUCUAAUCCAUAAAAAAUACUGUCUACAAGGUAUAAAAAUCUCUGUUUGUAAUUUCAACCGCUUACAACUAACUAAUAGGGGCAUAAUUAACCAAGCGUAAUUAGUCGCUCAACUCAUUUCUGCCCAUACCAAUACCAAGUAAUUCAUAUUUUUGUUCUUACAUUUCUGUUGUUAACUUUAUUUAUUCAGUUAAGUAUUCGCAAAACUAACUUUAGUCCCUCUGUACUGAUUAUGCAGAUCUACUCAAUUGCGUAAUUCUCAAGGUCUGGUGUAAGUAAGGAGAUGGGGGGGGGGGAUCUCAAAGUGUAAGCAUAAUAAUUGGACAAAUUUGACCAAAAUCGGCUAACCACAUUAGAUGUUGGUUAAUUUUCGCUAAUGUCGUAUUCUUUAAAUAGGAAAGUAAGCAACGCUGAUUCUUGAACUUUUAUAAGUAUUUUCUUCAUGAUCUGGAUAAAUUUCACAGAGAGGUCGAAGGCUAAGUAGUUAUGUUCUCCAUCAAAGAAAUAAAACAUAAGAAAUUAGGGAACGUGAAAUGCUGUUAGGUUGAUUCUGGUCAAUCCUACCAGUAACUUGUAAUUUUGUAUUGAUUUUUUUUUCUUUAAUCAUAAAGAAAAUAAAGAGUUCAAUUGAAUGUAGAGCUCAUUCUUUUCAUACUUGAUGCUCCGAGAUUUUGCUAUCACUUACAAGUUUAUUUUAUUUCGAGCUCUCUAAUAGUGAGAAUAAACGUUGUAGUGCAUAGCUUAUCUCAAUGUGUAUUAGUAAGUAGGCAGGAACAAUAAAUUUCAUUGUAUCAAUGUUGCUAAUGGUCAGCCUCUGUAAAUUCUGUAUCUCUUCAAGAAAAUCCUGAUUCUUAUUCUUUAGCUGUAAUUUAAUUUUGCCCCAUAUUACCUUAAGUCCCAACCUAAAACAUUUAAAUCUAAAAUUUCUAAUUUAAGCUUAGCCAAAUCUAAGACCACAACCCAUUCCAUUAUUUAUAGAAUUUAUAUCGCCAGAUACAGGAAAAGCAAUUCUUGUUGUUUGAUCUGCUUACUUUCUCAACCGGCAAAUAUUUCUACCUACUGAGAAUCACCAGUGAAAUCUUGUUUUGCAAUAUUCUUGCGUCUAUCAAGUUAUGAGUUAUGAAGCUUGAUCAGAGUUGAUUCAUCUUAAAAUGUCAAAACAUUUGACAGUAAAAAAUUGAACUCUCGCUUUUACAUAAUUUUUUGUAUUGAUGUUUUUUUUUUUUUUUUUUUUUUUUUUUUCGGAGGAAGUAGCUCCACUUUUCAUCUUGCCUGAACUUUCAAAGAUUGUGCCAUAGAGUUUUCAAAACUCAAUUGAAAAGGACUUCUUACUCUUAUUAAGGAAGCUGCAGAACAAACAGUAACUUUUUCCUUGAAUAAGCAGAAUAAAAUAUCAUAAACCACCAAAAAUAGUCCCCUCAGUCUGUGACAAGUGAGUAUCUUUCAUUGUAUCAGUUAUUGGUACACACGAGAUUCUGUCAACAAAGUAUUCACAAAAACGAAUACUAACGAAGCAAAAGUAAGAGUAAAUUUAUGCACAAGAUAAAUAGUCUUUAACUUCCGAUGAAAAAACUUCAUCUUCACUACUUAUCGCUAAUUCCAAGGAAAAACGUACCCUUCUGUAUGUUCGCUCCAAAAAAGUGAAUGAAAAAAGAAGUCCUGAAUUACUCGUAUGUUGUGUCCUUAAGACAUUACUAACCGGUUUAAAAGCCUUUACCAUCAUCUCCAUUAAUAUGUAUGUAUACAAUACUAGGAUACCUUGGAGAGGUUUCAUUACUUUUUGUUUGAUGCAAUUUUGAACUAUGUAUUAUGAUCAAAUCUCCUAAAAUAUUUUCUAGAAAAUGAUUGAAUCAGUAGUAAUUUCCUCAAGACAAAAGUGUCUCUUCUGAUCAAAUUCUGCAACACCACAAUUCUUAAUCUCUCUACUUUUUAAUCAUCAAUAGUUGUGUAAAAUACUCUUAAAAAACUUAAAAUGUAAAAUAUGUGCAAUAUUAUCUUAUUGAUGUAUUUACCUGACUUUUACAAAAUAAAAUUCUUUAUACGAAA